AUGGUGGGGACACGAAAUGGUAACGGCGGUAAUAAUAACAACUCGGGUGGAAACAACAACAAUGGGGACACAAAUCAGAACAUCGCGGCCGCCCUAGAGAACGUGGCCCAGAUACUCCAUAAUCUUGCCGCUAAUCCGCGAGGACCUCAGCCUCGAGCAGCCCCAGACCGUACUCAUCUAUUUUCUGAAUUUAGAAAACAGAGGCCUCCAACCUUUCAAGGGACACCUGACCCUCAUGUUCCCGAUGGAUGGAUCCGUCAGAUCAAGAAGAUGUUGGACACCAUGGGAGUCCGACAAGGUGCUGACCAGGUGGCUUUGGCCACGUAUCAAUUGGAAGGGGAAGCUGACUAUUGGUGGGAGGCUACCAAGAAUACUGUGGAUCUUGCCACAAUCACAUGGACUCAAUUCGAGGAGAUCUUUUUGGAGAAGUAUUUCCCUACACCAAUUAAGGACCAGAUGGCACAGGAGUUUCUAGCACUUAGACAAGGAACAAUGACAAUGACACAGUACAUGGCACGGUUUGAGGAGCUAUCACGACAUGCACCGAUGUAUGUCCCUACUGAUGCCGCUAAGGCAAGAAAGUUUGAGUGGGGGUUAGAGGGCCCUCUUCGGGGAAAAGUCGUUGGGUUAGAGCUUCCAACCUUCUCUCGAGUGGUGAGGGCCACUUUGAUCAAUGAAAGGGAACUUAACGACUCUCGUAGAAGUUUGAAUCAGAAGAAGGCUACUCAAAUGGGAGGACCAAUCCAUAACAACAACCAAGGUUUCAUUGCACCAAAACCGUACACACAGAACAAUCCCCGCCCACAACAACACAACCAACCUUGGAAAAACCCCAACCCAAACCUGAUUCCAGUCCAACCUCGAGGACAAUACCCUCCACAGAAUCAGACCCGCAAAUGCUUCAACUGCAACCAAGAAGGGUAUUUCAAGAAUCAAUGCCCACAGCUUGUGGGAUCCGGAAGCUCUGGGUAUGGAGGGUCGCAACAAACUACAGCCACGGCAGAUUAUUGGAAGCCGCAACAGGGAGGCCAGAAUCAACCACGUGUUGGUUGGAAUCAAUCACAGCAGCAGCCUCGGCCAUUUCAAAAUGCUAGAGCUGGAAAAGGGCCAGUUGGGCCAAAACAAGCUGUGGGAGGGAGAGUCUUUGCACUCCAGGGGGAAGAUGAGGUGUAUGAUCAGGUAGUGAUACAAGAAACUGAACACCUAGGAUCAAUGAUGCGUGUCACCUCACCGUUAGGAGGACACAUUUCAGUGGGUCUAGUUUGUAGAUCUUGUGAAAUAGAAGUGUCGGGUCUGCGUAUAAUUUGUGACCUCCGAGUCCUUGAUAUGGUUGACUUUGAUGUAAUCUUGGGAAUGGAUUGGCUAUCCGCCCAUCGCGCUGUAAUCGAUUGUCAUCAGAAGAUAGUGACGGCUUAUUCUCUGGACGGGACGUGUUUCCGAUUUAAGGGGGAUAGACAAGAUCCUACCUCUGAGACGACCCCAUGA